AUGUCAGCGAUUAGGAGUAUAAUCAGCCGGUCGCGCUCCCACCGCGUAGUCCAGGACGCCACGCCGGCAACGGCGGCGGCGGCAGCAGCGCCGAACCACGGGAUGGACUCGUCGUGCUGGGCCAACAUGCCGCAGGAGCUGUUGAGAGAAGUGCUGCUGCGAAUCGAGGCGUCGGAGACCAGCUGGCCGCCGCGGAAGAGCGUCGUCGCCUGCGCCGGCGUUUGCCGGAGUUGGAGGCACAUCACGAAGGAUAUAGUCCGUGUCCCUGAGCUCUCCGGCAAGCUCACCUUCCCUCUUUCACUCAAACAGCCUGGUCCAAGGGAUAUUCUCGUUCAGUGCUUUAUAAAGAGAUGCCGGACCACUCAGACGUAUUACCUUUACCUCAGUUUGACCAGUGCGCUAGCCGAUGAUGGGAAGUUCCUACUUGCUGCACGCAAGAGCAGGCGGGCCACCUGCACGGAUUACAUCAUCUCUCUUGAUGCUGAUGAUAUGUCGAAGGCUAGCACUACAUAUGUUGGCAAACUCAGAUCAAAUUUUCUGGGGACCAGAUUCACAGUCUUGGACGGCCUUCCACCGCAUGCUGGGGCCAAGCUGGUUAGAAGUCGUUCCACUAGACCAAUAAGUCUGAAACAAGUUUCCCCGAGAGUCCCUGCUGGCAAUUAUCCAGUGGCUCACAUCUCAUAUGAAUUGAACAUGUUGGGUUCCAGAGGUCCACGGAGAAUGCACUGUGUUAUGGAUGGGAUACCUGCUUCUUCCGUUGAACCAGGCGGCAUAGCUCCAACACAAACUGAAUUUGGCCAUCGAAAGCUUGAUGCUUCCACAUCUUUCUCAUUUCUCCGGUCCAAAUCAAAUCUCACAGGAGAAUCGGAACCCACAUCUGGUCCGAAGAAAGCGGGUUUAGUACUGAAGAACAAGUCACCAAGGUGGCAUGAACAUCUACAAUGUUGGUGCUUGAACUUCCAUGGGCGAGUGACAGUCGCAUCAGUGAAAAACUUCCAGCUUGUUGCUUCAUCAGAAAAUGGAGUGGCUGGACCGGAACAUGAGAAGAUCAUUCUGCAGUUUGGGAAAGUGGGGAAGGAUUUGUUCACCAUGGAUUACCGGUAUCCGAUAUCUGCGUUCCAAGCUUUUGCGAUUUGUCUCAGUAGCUUCGACACCAAGAUAGCUUGCGAGUAA